CCGCCAGAGUCUCGUAUCGUGAAUUGGACCGCCAGCCUCGCUCGUCAUGAAUUUGCUAUCAACCUGCAUCUAGAUACUUAUAUACCCAUUCCUCCUUUCUCGCAGGCCCUUCCGUCCCUUUCCCUCCACCCUUCGCGGCCAUGUCGCUGCAUUUCUCCGCUUAUUACCUCUUCUCCCUCCUGGUCGCCAUUUUCUCCUUUUUGGCACCAGUUUCCGCCCAGUCCUCCACCCAGUCUGCCACCGAUACAUCCUUUCCCGCCAAUGGAACCGUCAUUGUCUCUGGAAAUGCUACUCUGUCGCUCAGCACCUUCUUAUCACUCGCUACUAGUUCCGCCACAACAACUACCGUAUCACGCAGCGGAAACCGCGACAUCCCAAUCACCACCGUCGUUCCAGUAAUCUUCAAUGUAACCGCAACUGCGACCUCGACGAUUGCUGCAAGCUCGACAACUAUUUCUGCUUCUGCGACACCUACUGCUGACCCUUCCCAGCUUGACACCAGAAUUGACCCUGCCUUUGGCGUGCUCGGUGCCAUUCUCAUCCUCACCGGUUUACCGAGUGCGUUCUUGGGUCAUAAGAACCGUUGGACGUCAUUCUUUCUCGUCGGUUUUUAUUCGCUGUCCCUCGUUUGUAUAGUCCUCAUCCUCAAGUUCGGGGUCCUACGGGCUGUGAAUCCUCCCACAGAUACACUCAGAGGUCUUUUUGUCCUGGCGAGCUGUGUCGCUGGCAUUGCUGGUGGUGGUAUCACGAUAUUCUUUUGGAAAGCUACCAGAUACUUUAUCGGUGGAUGGGGAGGCUUCGCGUUUGCCUUGUGGAUACAAUGCUUUAGAAAUGGCGGUCUCAUCACUCCGAUCGGGCUGCGGUGGAUCAUGUACAUCGGGUGUGCCGUUGUUGGAUUCGUCUUAUGCACUAUUCCGAAGAUUCACUAUCAUGUCCUCCUCAUCUCUACUGCAUUUGUGGGUGCAACGUCUUUUAUGCUAGGUGUUGACUGUUAUACUACGGCCAACUUGAAAGAGUUCUACAUUUGGAACAUCGGUUUCACAUCUCUCUUCCCAAGGUUUCUUGAGAACAACAUCAAAUUUCCGGUGACACAAUCUAUGCAGAUAGAGCUAGGUCUUCUGGGCGCCGUUACCCUCAUGGGUAUGGCAGUCCAGUUCCAGAUUCUGAAGAUUCUUCAACGCAAACUACAAGAGAUCAGGGAGGAACAACGACGUUUAGAUGAGGUUGCCGUAGCCAGGGCUGCCGAGCGGUUUGCCAGUCUGGAUCAAGAGAAGGAAGAAUGGGACCGUGCUCACCCGAGCCUUGCGAAACAUGGGCGCAAUGACAGUGCGAUGACAGCCACGACGGGCGUGGAGACCGGUUCAGAUGAGAAGCGUGCAUCCGUUUUUACUCUUGUGAGUAGCCCAAGACAGCGAUACCAAUCCGGGGUAUCAGAAUUCCUUGCUUCUCCUCCACCUGUGGAGGAGCUGAACAGGGCGGCAUCUAGACAAACACCCGGAGCGUUACCCGUACUUGAUCUGGGUACGGACCUUGAAGAAGACGUACCACAAGGAUUUAUCGCUGAAUCCUCAGGGUCUCGCAACAAGAAAGACCUAACGUUGGCAGAAUUGGAAGAUCUGAAGAAAAAGGAAGGGUUACUGGCUGAGAUUCAAGCAGUUCGCAGGUCAAUUGAGAUCCUCAAGUCUGACACCCCCGCUCCUUCAAGUAGUGAGGAUUCUCGACACGCUUCUGUAGCUUCGCGUCGCACUGCGAGCCAUGACCCGGGAACUAUGACAGCCGGACCAUCUCAUCUUCGCCCUCCAAGGCAGCCUGAUCCCCGCACUCGCGCGUAUUCUGAGGAUUUAUCGCACCUCGCUGACCUUGCAUCUAGCAUUGGCCGACCGGUUAGUGCACCUCUUCGCGAUGAUGAUUGGGAUGCCUAUGUCCGUGAGCGAAAGCUUUUGCAACCGCCUUCUGGCGUCACUGCACCGAUUCCUACCACCCCGAUUGGCCCUGCACCUAGGUUGUCCGUUUCAUCAGCUGUCACAGAUGCACUGCUUGAACGUCGUCGUCGGGAAAGUGCUCUAUCUGUUGGUCAGGCCAACCCACUAUCUGCACAAGCUCCUCCAGAUCCACAAGAUGUGUCUUCCCCACCCCCGCGGGAAGAUGUCGUUUCCGCACCGAUGCUGCAUAAAAAGUCCCACUCACAGGGUGCGAAUGUUCCUGUAAUGAUUCUUCCGCCACAAACUAUUGUGUCACCUACUCCUAAGAGGCCAGAGCAGCCUCGGACAAAGACGUUCGAGGAGCUUGCAGAGAGGCACAGGGAGAUGAUCAGACAGAUGCAGGCCCCUUUGACUCAAGCGGAAAAGGAGCAGACUGAACUGGCCGAGGCGAAGAGGCGCUGGGGACGAGCUAAGGAGAUGGAAAAACGGGCAGUGACUAAACGGCAGACCGAACAAGCUGCAGCGCUGAGCAAGGAAGGCAAGAAGAAGCAUCAUAAAUCGGGCGAUAUCCUGGACGGUGCGAAAGGACGAUCUACAUCCCCUGGGGAUGAUCCUCGCACCAAGAGUCAUUCCCGCAGCUUGAGUGCAGACCUUCUGGCUUCCGUGCCGAAGUCAACUAGAAAGGUAGAUGAGUGGCAGAGGAAUCAGUUGCAAGAUUUGGAGUCCGGCAUAAAACCUGAAAGGCCUGAACCUCCAUCGUCAAAGCGGCGAUCUGCCGUGCCUUUCCCAGAUCAUCGUCAACGAUCGACCGGCAUUCAUCGCGACCCCAUCAGCUAGGUGUGUCGCUUCGUGACAUGAUUUUGUCGCGUUCUUCCUCGGAGGUGCUAGCCUCUGCCAUGACGUGUAUGAAAAGCAAACCUAUCGGACCUUCGUUAUCAAGUAACAUCAGCCGUAAUACGCGAUAGGGACGUUAUUGGAAUACCACGUUCAUGUAUACCAGGUACUUUCUUUCUUUCUUUGGACACGUACAUUACAUAUACUCUAGUCAGUCGUUCCUCCAUCCAUGUUGUUUUUGCAUUCAUUCAUUCUCCCACAUCUCAUCAUAACAUGUACGCAGCUGGACACAUCUCCGGACUCUCCUAGCAUUUUAGAUUUAUUGCCUGAUAAAUAUAGUUUCUCAUAUAUGUACCGCAUGGAUCAUGGAGGUUCUUGAGGUCGAGACGAUGGCCAGAAAACCGAGGUGAAAAUGUAGCGGAUCCAGUAUACGAGU